AUGAAAUCCUUCAGGCCGAAGGUUUCACUGCUAUGUACACUUCUCGGAACCCUCUGGGUGUCGAUAAUUGCCGCGGAGCCGGUACAGUACUGCAAAUCUGGCUCUCCAUACGCUCAGAAUGAAGAGAUCGACUUCUGUGUAGGUGCUCUGCUGCACCAAAAUUCCUCAAGCAACGCCCACGAUUUAUACCUCACAAUCAAAAUCCCUAAACCUCAAAACUCAGCCCUGGGAUGGACCGCAAUUGGACUCGGUGCUAUGAUGGAAGGCUCCCUUAUGUUUAUUGUCUACGGUGAUCCUCUCGGUCAUGAGGGCCCCAUCGUGAGCAUACGAACUGCGACGGGACAUCAUCAACCAACACUUCUUGGACGGGAAAAUUUGCCCGAAGGUAUGGAUCUCCGAGUCAUCAGAUCUUCUUGGCUCUCUUUCGACUCCAACGAGAAGCAAGAUCUCGACAACCCAUCUUAUGAAGCUUGGGUGUCUCUAGUAUGCUACUCAUGCUACCUUUGGCACGGCACCAAAAUCUCAGCUGAGGCUAGGUCUCAACCUUGGAUGUGGGCGUGGAAUGCAGAGCAGAAGUUCGACGUCUUCUCAUACGAUGCUCACCUCAGCAUGCACAAACAUCAUGCUGGUGCUGGAGGAUGGGGAAACUUUUACGUCGACAUGAGUUCAUCUAUCAGCACCGCAAAGUGGCCUCCAUCACUGCCUCCCAUCACUCCCGACAUUACAAAUUUCGGCGCUUCAGCUAUGCAAAUGUCUUUCUCGGGAUCCAUCACCGACAUAUUCAGUGGACCAGGAUCCUAUGCUCAUGGCUUCAUUCUGGCCAGCGCCUUCUUGAUUUUCUUUCCGGCUAGUGUUGUGGCUCUUCGUUCUAGACUGUCAAAGUCAUUCAAAUAUCACUGGGUCAUACAAGGUGUCGCUUCACUCUUACUCAUCUCGGGAGUGAUUCUCGGCUUGUUGAAGAGUCGUAGACUGGACACCGUUCAUCAAUGGGCUGGAAUCACUCUUGCAUCUUGCGUUGGAUUCCAGGCAUUAUUCGGGUGGUGGCAUCACAGAAGAUUCGUAAAACUGCAACGACGAGCAUGGGUUUCCUUCCUUCAUAUCUGGCUGGGACGGUCAAUGAUGGUCAUCGGAUGGGCCAAUGUUGUCAGCGGGUUGUCUCUUCGAGGGUACAAAAGUACUAGUGGUUCGAUGCUGACUGUGAUCAUUGUUGUAUGUUUGGAGGCUGUCGGCUUUGCUGUAUGGACGUUCUGGAGACAGAGGAAGUGGGACGAACUCGUACGGGAGCCAUCUUGGGCUGAUAUCGAUGACGAGAGAUUUGCAUUGGCUCUCAGCGAUGAUGAGGACGAGGUGGACGAGAUGGACGAGGCUUCUUUGAUGUACUGA